CCGGGCGCCCCCCGGGAGGACAGCUUCCAGGUGACCCUGCACAAGCGCGACUCCAGCGAGCAGCUCGGCAUCAAGCUCGUGCGCAGGACGGACGAGCCCGGAGUUUUCAUCCUCGACCUCCUGGAAGGGGGGCUGGCCGCCCAGGACGGCAGGCUCUGCAGCAACGACCGCGUGCUGGCCAUUAAUGGGCACGACUUGAAGCACGGGACGCCUGAGCUUGCUGCUCAGGUCAUACAGGCUAGUGGGGAGAGAGUGAACUUGAUCAUCUCUAGAGCCCUGAAGUCACAGACUGUCAGUAUUAUCCGAGACACGGGGACUCACAACAGCAACUCACACCAACACCAGUCCCAGCAGGUGUUUCACAGCAGACCCAACUCACAUAAGGAUCUCUCCCAGUGUGUUACAUGCCAAGAAAAGCACAUUACUGUGAAAAAAGAGCCACAUGAAUCUCUGGGAAUGACAGUGGCAGGAGGCAGAGGCAGCAAAAGUGGCGAACUGCCCAUCUUUGUGACAAGUGUGCAGCCUCACGGGUGUUUGGCGAGAGACGGCAGGAUUAAACGAGGUGAUGUGCUGCUGAACAUCAACGGCAUCGAUUUGACUAACCUGAGCCACAGCGAGGCCGUGGCCAUGCUGAAGGCUAGUGCUGCCUCGUCAGUAGUCGCCCUCAAAGCCCUGGAGGUCCAGAUUGUAGAAGAGCAGCCCCAGGCCAAUGAGGAACAACUGAGUACCAUCAGUGAAAAUGAAUAUGAUGCCAGUUGGUCACCGUCAUGGGUCAUGUGGCUAGGGCUGCCAAGCUGCCUACAUAGCUGCCAUGACGUAGUGCUGCGGCGGAGCAAUUUAGGGAGCUGGGGCUUCAGCAUCGUUGGUGGCUAUGAGGAGAACCACACAAACCAGCCUUUCUUCAUUAAAACCAUUGUUCUUGGAACCCCCGCAUACUUCGAUGGAAGAUUAAAGUGUGGUGAUAUGAUUGUUGCUGUAAACGGAUUGUCCACGGUCGGAAUGAGCCAUUCUGCUCUCGUUCCCAUGCUGAAGGAGCAGAGGAACAAAGUAACUUUAACCGUGAUUUGCUGGCCUGGAAGCCUCAUAUAAGUGUGUGAAUCACUUUGGUUCAAGCAGUGUCUUUUUCUAGAUAGCUGGCACAAAAAUCUCCUCUAUCUUUUUUUCCCCUAUUGAUACAGCUGGUUAUAAGCAGGGCCAAAACUGCUGUAUUUUCUUUUUUUAUGGGCCUCUCAGACUUACUCUAUAUGUCUUUCCGUCCUGAAGUAGCCAUUAAUGUUUGCUAUAUCCAAUGCUGGUGCAAAUGCAAAUAUACACGAGCUCACAGAGAAACUCCCACACCGAUAUGGCUGUCAUUGAGCUUUCCCCAUCAGGCUUGUAGAGUCAGCAAAAGAACUUGUGGUUCUUUGGGUAUCUCUGCACAGUCCUCAAGUUAUAUGUGAUAUAUAAGUGUAGUAGCCAUGUGCCCGUUCUUCGUUGCAAAGGGAACGUGUCAGUACCACAAUGACACAUCUGUCUGCUGCUGUGAAUCAAAAUCUGUUUCCAAAGGUACGUCUCUUUGUUUUGUAAGCCUUUCC